AUGGCGGAACAUGGGCGGGAACCUUCUUCUUAUUGUUCUUCUUCUUCUACUUCUUCUUCUUCUUCUUCUUCUUCAUCUUCUUCUUCUCCCCCUCCUCCUCCUCCUGCGCCUUCUCUUUCUUCUUCUUCUUGUCCUCCUCCUCCACCCUCUUCUUCUUUUACACCUUCUCCACCUCCUCCUCCAUCUUUUCCUCUUCCCCCUUCUUCUUCUUCAUCUCCUCCUCCUUCUCACUGUUCUUGUCUUGCUCCUUCUUCUUCUUCUUCUUCUUCUUCUUCUAGUUGUCUUCCUUCCCCUUCUUCUUCUCCUCCUCUUCUUUCUUCUUGUCCACCUUCCCCUCGUCCUUAUUCUUCUCGUUGUUGUUGUUUGUCUUCUUCUUCUUCUUCUUCUUCUUCUUCUUCUUCUUCUUCUUGUCCUCCUCCUCCUCAUUCUCCUCCUCUUUCACCUUCUCUACUUCCUUCUCCAUCUUUUUCUUCUUGUCCUCUUCCUCCUACAACUUCUUAUCCUCCUCCUCCCCUUCCUCCUUCUCCCCCUCCUCCUUCUUCUUGUCCACCCUCCCCUUCUCCCUCUCCUCCUUUUUCUUCUUCUUCUUUGCGUGACUUACUUCUCCCUCUCUCCUCUUGUUUUUACUCUUCCUCUUACCCUUUGUUCCACUCCUCCCUUUCUCCCUCCACCUCUAUGGAUUUUUUUAAAACUAAUUGUCACGUAUUAUCUAUCUAUCUAUCUAUCUAUCUAUCUAUCUAUCUAUCUAUCUAUCUAAUAUUCACGUAUUAUCUAUCUAUCUUAUAUUUACGUAUUAUUAUAUAUCUAUCAUUCUAUCUAUCUAAUAUUCCCGUAAUAUUCAUCUAUCUAUCUAUCUAUCUAUCUAUCUAUCUAUCUAUCUAUCUAUCUAUCUAUCAAAUAUUCACGUAUUAUCUAUCUAUCUAUCUAUCUAUCUAUCUAUCUAUCUAUCUAUCUAUCUAUUCACGUAUUAUCUAUCUAUCUAUCUAA